AUGUCGUCCCCCUACAAGGGGGAGGGCUGCGGAAUCGCCAUGAUCAACCUUGUUGAAACCCUGAACCAGAGCAUCGCCCUCUCCAUGGCUGACAUGUGGGAGCUGGAGAUCCCGCUGUUGGUCAAGUACCUGGAAGAACACACCGAGUUUACCUGGAACCAGAAGACGUGGGAGGACAGGCUGAUUCAGUUUCUGAGAAACUCCCUCAAGAUGCCUCGGGGUUCCCGCUGGAGUCUGUGUCUGAGCAAAGAGCUGAACAACCAGAUCGAGAGCUUCGACAGCCCCUCCCUGGAGAAGGUUGGUUCCCAGAGGCAGGGCCGUUCAGACAGGGAGGGGACUCCGGGGACAGCCCGCCUGUUGGCUCAUGACCACUGCAUGUGUAUAUUUCAUCGUUGA